GAUCUGCGUCCCCUUCUCCUCCAAAAUCCCUCUUGACCCUUGUCGUCUCCGCCGACGCCGCAGCAGCAGCUAUCCCAUGGCCACCGACACGUACGUCACCGAGGUGGCCUUCGGCAGCGACGUGAUCACCACCACCGUGACGUCCUCCGGCGCCGCCGUGGACGGGUGGCUCCGGGAUGUCCGCUCCGCGUACGGGCCCGGGCUCGUGGUGGGGCUCGACGUCGAGUGGCGCCCCAGCUUCCGCGCCGACCAGAACCCCGUCGCGCUGCUCCAGCUCUGCGUCGACCGCAGCUGCCUCAUCUUCCAGUUCCUCCACGCCGACUUCGUCCCUGCCUCCCUCGGCCGCUUCCUCGCCAACCCCGGGGACUGCUUCGUCGGCGUCGGCGUGGACAAGGACGCCGAGCGGCUGAGCGACGACCACGGCCUCGCGGUGUCGAACACGGUCGACCUGCGCCCCCUCGCGGCGGAGCGGAUGGGUCGCCCGGACCUCCGCCAGGCCGGCCUUCAGGCCGUGGUGCGCGCCGUCUUGGGCGCCGACGUCGUCAAGCCGCAGAGGGUGACCAUGAGCCGCUGGGACGCCUACUGCCUCUCCAACGAGCAGAUCCGGUACGCCUGCAUCGACGCCUUCGUCUCCUUCCAGGUUGGCUGGAGUCUGCUUCGCACCUGAUAGAUCGGUCCGCCGUGGCUCGUACUGCAAUUUACUCGAAUCGUCAGUAUCUUCAGUUGUUGCUGCAUUCUGCUCUUGCUCCCUCGCAAUGUUAGAAGGGUUUAUGAGAUUUGAGGUGUUAUGUGUUUAGCAGAUUUUAAGAAUCAGAUUAAAAGACGUUAGUGCCGAACUUAUCUGAUCUAUCUGUGCUAGACGCUACUGCUUUUGACUAUUUAUUCACUUUUCAAUGUUCAUGUC